GUCGUUGCACAUCCAGGAACCACUCUUAAAGAUGGGUUAAUGAAGGCAAUGAAUAGAAGGCAGCUGGACCCAGCAAAGUGCCAAGUGUUCAGGCAUAAAACAAGAAUUCAGCUGACGUGGAACACAGACAUGGGAGAACUGGCAGGUCAGGAGGUCUCGGUUGAGCUCAUGGAGAUCGAUGAUGACAGCAACAUCACCAGGUCCAUGCCCCGUGCUGUGGUCCUGUCACAUAAUUUUGGAAGGAAAACAUAUUUUUCACUGACUUUCUGUGACAUCUGCCACAACCUGCUGUUCCAAAGUAUACGCUGUCAGACAUGCGGGAUCAAGUUCCAUCAGCGAUGUGAAGACAAGGUGCCCAGAAAUUGCCAGGGGGAUUUAGAUGUCUACUUGCGCAGUGCCCGGGAUACAAAUCGAGAACAAGUUCGCCAAUACUUAACCGAUGGUCAGGGUUCUGCAUGCAGUAAACAAGGUCAGUCUUCAUCCAAAGGUGGUCACCAGAGUCGUAGUCCGGCGCCUCAGUUAGGUCAGAGAGAAAGGUCAACGUCGGCUCCAAAUGUGUGUGCUAACAUGGUUGAGAUUGGUGAUUUGAAUCAGCAGGAUUACUUACGAAGAAUACGAGAUUUGCAAAAUGCUCAUACAAGAUCAAAAUCAAACCAGCAGGCUCAAACACUGGCUCUCCCAUCUCAGUCUCCAUGUGAAAGCCCCACAAAAAGUGCUCAUUCGUCCCCCACCAGUGUUGCCAAAUCUGGGCGUCCACGGGCCAAGUCUGUGGAAACAGAUCCUGGGAAAAGAACA